AUUGGAAAAAAAUCAGAGAGCAGUUCACCAGUCUGAGGUUUACUACGGUCCGCGCGAGUUCGAUUGAUGAAUGGAUGAUAAUGGUGGUUAUUUUUGGUAAUUUUCUGCUACAUUUUGCGGUUGUGUUUUUAGUUCAAUACUGUGUGUGUGUGUGUGUGUGUUCAUAUUUAGUAAAGAUCAAGUGAAGUGAUAAGAAACGAUAUUUUCUGAUAAGAAAUUUUCAUUUUGUGACGUGUAAUGAUCUAACUCGCUCAUCUAACUGUCUCCAAAAUGCAGUUGAUUAACGAACUUACUCCACCAGAAAAUGAGUUACAAAAGGGGGAGAGGGUAAUGUCUGAACAUCAACUACGUGUUCAACGUUCCUUGCAGAAGUUGACCAUCCCUGAGUGGUACAAGGAGUCGCAAGUUCCUCGCGAAGGAUUUCUACUUAAAAAAGCAUCACCGCGUGAUUCCAGAUGGACCGGUACAGGCAGCAAAACCACAUCACUGAGCAGCUUGGGAUCCAAUGCCAAUUCCCCUCCUGUUCUCAGUCCCACUCCUCUUAACCAACCGUUCGUGCGAUGGUCCACGUCCAAGCUCAAUUCCACAGCAUCGUCCCCCUGCGCUUCAACAAGGAGUAGUUUCAAUGCCAGGCAACCUAAUGGUAGUAUAUCGCCUUCGUCGGUUAGGUCUAGUUUCAGUUACAGGCAACCUUAUAUGGGUUGGAGAUCCCAAGAGAGACUAAACAAACCACGUACUCCUGCGGAACGUUUAGCAAGUUCCCUUCUGUCAUCCCAGAAUAGUAACCACCACCAACAACCGCAGGAGAGUCCGGAGAUCCAAACCUCUAUCAAAGAGGUAACCUCGGCCAUAGUACACUACGUUAGUGGUCUUAGGCCGGAGGACCCCAGAGACAAAAGCUACGAAAGUCAGGAAACAGCCAGUCAAAGAUCUAGCUCCGUCAGCCCGAGGGGUAGUCAAAAAUUGUGCUGGCUGGAAAGCUCCUUUGUGGGUACUAGACCACUCGACUCGCCGCAAACUCCUGUAACGCUUACAGAAAGUCAAAACCACACCCCUAUACCCCCUGCGACUCUUAGACUAGAUUUACAAACUCACAAUGAUGUAACGCAUCUGUCGACCACUGGAUCAACCGUGAAGCCAUCUCCUAGUUCAACGACUCUAGAAGAUGUUCUGGACUCUCUUCUGGGCCUUCCUUCUACAGGCAGAGCUCCAAGUCCCAGUCUCCAAGAGACGGUGUCAGCUAAUACUAGUCCCUGCCACCAAGGACAGCCGCCAGACCCUUCGGAUCAAUUUCGUCGGCGCUCUGAAGGCUCUGAACCAGCAUCAGGUUCUUUUAAUAAUUCUAGAAGGGUAUCUUUCAAUUCCUCCCCAGUAUUACGUUGCAAAUAUUCUCGAUGUGGCCGUACCGCCCUAAUCACUACCACGGAAGCCAGUUCAUUCAAGAAUUGCCAUAACUGUUCCUACACGUACUGUUCGAGGACCUGUAGACGAGCUCAUUGGGAGAAACACCGAAAAACAUGUUUGUUCUCCAGAAUUGGUACAUUAUGUAGACAAGUUAUUGCUUCUGCCAAAGAAAACAAAGACUCUCUGACUCACUUAUCUAAAAUAGCUAGACGAGGUUACCUCUCCCACGGGCACGGUGCUGUUAAGUGUUUUUUCCCCAAUCCCGAGGCGGCCGAAACUUUUUUGACUAAAGGUUUGCAAAAUUUAGGAGAACUCACCUACGUUCGAUGGCAAGAUCUACUUCCAUCCGAAAUGGGUUCUCAGAUGUAUGCUGAGCUUGUGAAGAUGUGCAAAAGCUACAAUGCGGAUAGCAAACUCGUUUUAUAUGUGUCGGUGUGCGUUAUUUCAGAAACUCCAUCGGCUGGUUCGGUGAAAUGGGAGCGACAACUGGUGUCUAGGUGCGCCAAAAUGCGGUUAAGCAAAGAAGUGCACAUACCAGAACGUGAACCUUUGGAAAAUCCAGAGACUCUCAUACUCGCUUCCGCUCCGAUUACAGAACCUGACAGAAUAAAGGAAUUUCGUGAGAAAUCUGUUGACAAUCUGCAUAGCCAUUUGAGAUCUAGGGGAGUAUCUUUAAAAAAACAGCAUCCGGAAAUCCACAGACAAUUGCAGGCUUAUUGCUCAGACGUUAGCGUUAAGUUUACUCCAAUUACGGUAUAUCCCAAAGACUCAGUUUCAGGGAAAAGUUUGAUGUGUAUAAUCAUGUUGGAAGCAAACGAAGAGUGCCUCAAGGACGUAGAAAAUGCUGGGGUGAAAGUUCGAACUAUUGAUUUGAUGAAGGAUAUGUUCAAUGCAUGAAACCAACCAAAUAACAGUGUGUUGAUAAAACUACCAAUAUUAUUUGACACUCGAAAAUAUGCAGUUGCUUGGUGGGCAAAAAAUUUAAUCAGUUCUACAUUUGGUAUUCCUUGCCAGAAUCGGUUAGUGAUUUUAGAUAAUCACUGUAAUAUUAGCACAUUUCGAAAAAUAAAAUACACUUGUUAUGUGAAAAUAAGUUAGAUCACAUUUUAAUAACUCUAAAAUAAUAUUAAGGAGUAGGUUGAGAAAAAUAAUUAAUGUCGUAAAUGUGUUAAUGGAAAAAUAUAUUUUGAGCUGAUCAUCAAUAUUUAUGAGACAAUAAUUUUGUAUAUCUGAUAAUUUAAAAAAUAGCAUUUGAGUAUAUUCUAUUUCAGUAAAUAAAUUGCAUAUUUUCAAAUGUGUAUCAAAAUAUUUACUCCACAAAACAUUUAAGAAAAUUAAGUUUUCUGUAUGCGUAAGAUUAUUCUCAAGCUUGAUGAGUCGUAUUGUUUGCAGUCUCAAGUAUCCAACACUUUAUUUUACAAUCUAAAUCUCAAUAAUUCUUGUUGUAAAAUAUGAAAUACCGAUGUCUUUAGAGAAACUUCUUUUUUCAAAAAGUCAGAAACAUAUGAGGGGAGUAAAUAUUUUGUAUGUUAAUGUUGGGGUACCAGAUUCAUUAGAUUCGAAAGAAACGAGUUGAUAACCCUUUCCUGUGAUUUUAGCUUGUUAUUACUCUUGCAAAUUUUAAGAUAUUUAUUAUUAAUGGUAUGUUGUGUACAGAGUUCCUUUUAAAUUAUCUGUUUUUCAAAUGUGAAGUAUAUUUUGAAAAUUGCUCAUUGCAAAGAGUAUUGACUGAUUUUCAUCUGUUGUAAAAUGUAUGUUUAAUACAGUCUAUCAUACUAUAAUACUAUUUAUUUUCAAAUCUAACAAAAAAGUAUAUUAUAAUUUUGAAUAGAAAGUCUGAUUGGCAGACUGCUGGUCACUAAAUGAAAUUUAAUUCGUUUGUACUAUUUGGAAAUCACAGUAGGCCAAUAAGUGUGUUCUUGUAAUAUGAUUUCCAAGCUUUUGUCAAUAGGGAUUAUUUUACUGGAUCAUUGACGGAUUUAUGAGGAUGGGCAGUAUUUGCCCCUCCGACAUUGAAUUCAAUACAGUCAUUUCAAAUGAG